AUGUUAAAUUCUAAUACUCAUAAAUAAAGAAAAAGAUUUCAAGAGAGCAGGUCUCGCUACCUGAAUUAAGCCAAGCCAGAUGAAAGUGUUUCAUCAAAUACAGACUUAGAAUCUUAACAAACAGAUAUUAGAGUAAGAUUGGAAAGACCUUCAAAAAAAAAAGUGUCUGUGAAGAUUCGAAACUUAGACAUCGAUAGUGACAUUAUCAAAGAGGAGGAUAGUGAAGACUAUAUUAGUGAAAAAUAAUCUUAAGAAAAUAUUAAUCACCAAGAAUCUAAUGCUGUUCUGAAUUUUAUUCUUGAAGAAGAAAUAGAUAGUCCGUUUAAAAGUAGAAAUAAUUAAAACAAAGAAAUUCUUUGGAAUUCUAGUAACUAAGAAUAUAGUCAAUAAGUGGAAGCGUAAUUAUUUAAUACACCAAAAUAACAUUAAAAAGUAGACUCACCAUAGAUUGAAAGUGCAAUUAAAUCUUAUAAAAAUCUUAAUACUAUAAAAAGUAUCUACUCUCCAGUGUAAGGAACUCGAAAGCACAAAUUCAGUGACAAUACAAUUUAUUAACACUUCAAUUUUUUUUAGAGAUUAUUCCUUUAUCAUAUUUUUUGUUACAUGAAAUAAAUGAAACAAAUUAUUGAGUCAUCUACUUAAAAAAUCAGUGUAGCACAUUUACCUAAACAAGCCUACGAAGAUUCAAUAUAAUAUAAUUUAACAAAAGUAUAUUAAUAGAUAAAAAAUAAUGUAAAAAAAUUUUAAAUUAUUUAGGAUGUUUUUAAUUUUAAUAAUAGAGCUCUCUUUAAAUUGUUUUUCUGGUAGGAUAAUAAGUAUGUCACAAUUAUUAUAAUAAUACUUGCUAUGUUUGAGACUUAUUCAAGGUUCAUUAUGGCGAUUUUAACAGAAACAUUAAUUUCAGCAGUAACAGAAAAUGAUAUGAGAAGUGCAUAUUUAUAGGCUACAGCUUUAGCAAUUCUUUCAUUACUUGCUUUGAUGAGUAAACAUUAACAAUAGUAUAAAAUUUAAUCAUUAUUUAGAUAUUUGAUAAGUAACUUUGCUACUAAAAUUAGGAUGAUUUUUAUUAAUUUAAUUUAUGAUAGAGUGAUUGAAUUAAAUUCAACUUAAAUAUCAAUGUUAAAUGUAGGAAAAAUAAUGAAUCUUGUUAGUAGUGAUUUAAAUGUGAUAGAAUAUUAAUUAGCAUUUAUAUAUUAAGUAGCUGUUAUACCAGGAUCAUUAUUAUUUACAUCAAUUAUUUUAUGGGUAUGUAAUAUGUAAAUUUUAGUUAAGAUUUGAUGGUCCUUUAGGAUUAGUUGCUAUUUUAUUUUGUGCCAUUUUAUAUCCUUUAUAAAUAUUGAUUUAAAAUAUUAAUAAGAAAUUAUUGCAUCAAACUCGAAAAUUGUAAGAUCAACGAAUAUAAGUAUGAUUUAAAUCAUAUAAAUUAGUAAACAAAUACUGUUAUUGAGGGAAUUAAAUAUAUUAAAAUGUAUGUAUGGGAAAAGAUAUUUGAAAAUAAGAUUAAUGUAAUAAGAAGGAAAGAGUUUUUCUAUUAUUUAAAUAUACAUAUUUUAAAUUUAUUAGAUCGUUCUUUUAACUUUAGUGUUCAUAUUUGGGGAUCUUUUUGUUUCAUUUUAAUAUUGUAUGCCAGCAAUACUCAUUUAACUAUUUCAACUAUUAUGGGAACUAUCUAACUCAUGUCAAUGAUUAAAUAUUAUUGCAUAUUUCAAGUGUCUUAUGCAUUUUAAGCUAUUAUGAAUUUUAGUGUAAUAUUUUCAAGAGUCUCUGAAAUACUUAAAUAAUAAUCCAAUAACUUUACAACAACUGAACAAUUUAGAACUACUUUUACUACAUAUGAUGUCUAAAAUUAACCUAUGCAAUAAUUAUUAAAUGAUAGAAGUAGAGGACUCAAUCGUAAAGGUAGUCUAAGUUUAUAGUCUACAGCUCUUGUUACUAUUAAUCAAUAUUAUGGGAAAUGGUCAAAAGAUGGUCCUUCUGUUAUUAGUUCAAUUAACUUAGAUAUCAAAUCUGGUGAAAUUAUGGGAAUAAUAGGAAAAGUAGGAGCAGGUAAAUCAACACUUUUAACAGCUAUACUAUAAGAAUUACCAUAUUAUGAAGGAAGUGUUAUUUAUUAAAAAAAGUUAAAACUUGCUUAUGUUGAAUAAGAUCCUUUUAUUUAUACAGGAUCUAUAAAAGAGAAUAUUUUAUUUGGAAAAGAUUAUGAUUAAGUACUCUAUCUGAAAGUAUUGGAAGUGAGUUGUUUAGAUUAAGAUAUAUUAUCUUUUAGGCAAGGGGAUAAAACAGAAAUUGGUGAAAAAGGAGCUAAUCUAUCAGGUGGUUAAAAGGCAAGAUUAAGUUUAGCAAGAGCAUUAUAUUCAUAAGCAGAUUUAUAUUUAUUUGAUGAUCCUCUAUCAGCAGUAGAUUCAAAAGUUGCUGGAAAAAUCUUUGAAAAUGCAAUUAAAGAAUUUAUCUUUAAAUUUCAACCUAAUUAUAGGCCUACUUUAAUAAAAACUCAUUAGGCAUUCAUAUAACAAACUCCAUCUGUUAUUUUAGCUACACAUCAAAUCUCUUAUGCAUUAGAAUGUGAUUAUAUAGUUAUAAUUGAUGGAGGUAUGAUUACUCAUUAGGGUUAAAAGAAUAAGAUGAAAAAACAUGUCUUAGAAAUCUCAAGUACUCAUACAAGUAAUAGUAAUAUUGAAAAUCCUGUUAGAUCAUUAAAAAUAAAAAGACCUAGUAAAUUAAUUAGUAAGAUAGUCAAUUAGAUAUAAAAAUCAAGUAAAGAUGAAACUUAAGCUUUAUAUAUUAAUGAAGAUUAAAAUUAAUCUGAUGCUUCAUUAGAAACUUAUAAAAGAUAUUUUAGUUAUUGGAAACCAUUCUUUUUAAUAUUUAUAAUUUUAUGUCAAAAUAUUGCUAGUGAAAUAAUUAAUAAUUAUUAUUAUAAAGAAAUGGCUACUUUUAAUGAAGAAAAAUAAUAGGAUAAUGAUUAGAUAUUUUACAAUGCAGCAAUAUUGGUACUAGCAGCAUAUUUCAAUAAUAUCAUAAAAUAUUUUUUAAAUAUAUAUGGUGUUCUUACUUCAAAUAAUAAUAUUCAUAAUAAAAUGUUAUCAAAUUUAAUUUUAUCUCCAAUUACAUAUUUUGACACAAACCCUUCUGGAAGAUUGAUUAAUCGUUUUUCAACUGAUUUAUCUUUAGCAGAUACUUAAAUAUAAUAAACUAUUACUGAUAUAUUUGAAUAAGGAUCCUAAUUUUUAGUAUCUCUUGUUACUAUAGCUAUAUUAUAACCAUAUUUUACAUUUGCUGCUUUAUUCACAGUUAUAAGUACAAUUAUAAUUUUCAGAAUCACAAGAUCAGUUGUCUCUUAAUUAAAGAUAUGUGAUUUAAUAUAAAGAUCUCCUUUAUUUGAUUAAUUUAAAAUUACUAUUAAUGGAGUGACAUAAAUAAGGAUUAAUGAAAAUUAGUAAUGGAUAAGAGAUAAAUUUAUAAAAUUAUCUAAUUAAUCUAUGUAAGCUAAUUUAAUAUUUUUGUAUUCACAAAGAUGUUUUGGAUUUUAUAUUGAUUUAUUUGGGUAGUUUGCAAACAUAUCUGGUAUCUUUUUGAUUAUAGGUAUGGUAUCAGACCCUACCAUUUUCUCAUAAGCACUAUUACUACUUUCAACUUUCAAUACUUAAGCAGGUACAUUAAGGUAGUUUAUGGCAUUUGAUUCAAUGAUGAAUAGUGUUAAUAGAAUGUUUGAAAUAUGUGAUUUGGAAAUAGAAAAAGAAGAAUCAGAAGGGGAAUUAAAAAUUAAGAAUUGGCCAAAGUUAGGUUCCAUAGUUUAUUCAAAUGUUACAAUGUAAUAUAGAGAAAACACUCCUUUAGUAUUAAAGGGAUUGAAUUUUGAAAUAAAGGAUAAAGAAAAAGUUGGAGUUGUUGGUAGAACUGGUGCUGGUAAAUCAUCUGUCAUUGCAAGUCUUUUUAGAUUAAGUUCUAUUUAAAAUAGUGGGUAUUUUAUAUGUAAUAUAUUUAUUAGUGUAAUUUCAAUAGAUGAUUAAGAUAUUCGUAAAAUUAAUUUAUAUAAGUUAAGAAGAGAAAUCAGUAUUAUUCCUUAAAUUCCUUUUCUUUUCAAAGGGACAUUGAGAGAGAACUUAGAUCCUUUUUAAAUUUUUGAUGAUAAAACCUUAUUAAAUGUUUUAUCAGAUACAGGUUUGGAAGGUUUUAUUUAAUAAUUACCAAAUGGUUUGGAACAUUAAAUAGAGCCAGAAUUCUUUUCUAUUGGCUAGAAAUAGUUAAUAUGUUUAAGUAGAGUUCUGUUAAAUAAGAAAAAGAUAUUGAUUUUAGAUGAAGCGACUGCAAAUGUUGACAUGAUAACUGACUGUUUAAUUUAAUAAAUCAUCAAAGAAAAAUUUAAUGAUUGCACUAUAUUCACUAUUGCACAUAGAUUGAAUACAAUAGCAGAAUAUGAUAAAGUUCUUGUUUUAGAAGAUGGCAAAGUAUUAGAGGAAGGACAUCCAUAUGAAUUAUUAGUCCAAAAUCCAAAGAUUUCAACAUACAUAAAUAGUGACUCUGCAUUUUCUAAGAUGGUGCUUUAGACAGGCUAUAAGAAUAGUAGCUAAAUAUAUGCAAUGGCAAGAAAAAGCUAUCAAUAGAAAUAUGUAAUUUAGAGUAAAAGUAAUUGUAAUAGUAAAAUUUUGGAUGUAUCUCUUAGUAGUAUUAAUGAAUUUAACAUUUGA